CCGCCCCCUCAAUGCUCUCAAAGCUCACCACCUAGCCAGCUUCAAUGGACGCUCCCUCUCCCUCUUUCUUUUCUCCCCGUCCCAGGUACCUACGUACCUUACAGAAACUCGAUCGAAUAGCUCCAGUUGAAUUUUUGAUACCCGCAACGCCCUGUUUAUAGCUCCAGUCCCCCCCCCCCGUCCUUGCGAUCCCCGGAACCGCAAACGCCCCCACUUUUUCGAACCUCCUCCUCCGACACGAUGGACAGACCCAACAAGCCCACAGCUCUGGCGAGCACCCCCGCGCUCGCGCCGCAGCCGCAGGUCAGCAUCACGCACAGCAACCAGCGCGUGUCGGCGGUGCUGCCGACGGGCGAGAGCGUCGAGAUCCUGCUCUACGGCGCCACGGUCCUCAGCUGGAAGGACAAGGACGGCGACGAGAAGCUCUGGCUGAGCGAGGGCGCCAAGCUCGACGGCUCCAAGGCCGUUCGGGGUGGCAUCCCGCUGGUCUUCCCGGUCUUCGGCGCCCCCCCAGCAGGCCACGCAACCUCGCGGCUGCCGCAGCACGGCCUGGCGCGCACGUCGCGGUGGGAGUUCUUGGGCAAGUCGACGUCGGAGUCGGCGCGGAUGGAGGGCCGGAAGGCCGGGGACCUGUCGGUCAAGCUCGACUUCGGGCUCAGCUCGGCGACGCUGGACGCCGCUGCUAAGCCGCUCUGGCCGUUCAAGUUCGGGCUCAUCUACAGCGUCACGCUGAACCGCGACAGCCUGACCACGAGCCUCGUCGUCACCAACGACGACGACAAGCCGUUUGACAUCCAGGUCCUGCUGCAUACGUACUUUAGGGUCAACGACAUCACCAAGGUCCAAGUCACGGGUCUCGACGGCGCCGAGUACGUCGACAAGGUAGACGGCCUCAAGACCAAGCAGCAGUCCUCGGACGUGACCAUCACGGGCGAGACGGACCGCGUGUACAGUCCCGCGGGCGGCGCUGGGCAGGCCGUGUCGGUGAUCGAGGGCGGCAAGGCGGCGCUCUCCCUCGCCCGCGACAACCUCCCCGACGUGGUCGUUUGGAACCCCUGGGCGACGGGGGCCGCGGGCAUCGCCGACUUCGCGCCCAAGGCGGGUUACGCGAACAUGGUCUGCGUCGAGGCGGGCUCCGUCAGGGGGUGGCAGACCCUCGAGCCGGGCGACGCGUUCGAGGGCGCCCAGACCAUCACCUUGUUGUCUUGACUGGGGGCGGCGUCCGGGGCGCGGUUGUGAGUAACCUAGAGUCGUUGGGGAUUUACGUGGAUGCAAAAAGGAGGGGUUGUAGAAGUGGAAGGACACUCCCCCCUUGGAUGUCGACAAUUCUUAGAAUAAGAGUCUAGAGGAGCUUUCUGGUUCUGAAAUCUACCCCAGCGAACAAUCUCAACCUAGUGCC